UCUGUUGCUAGGAGACCCCACUUCAGCCUCCAGUGGUGGUGGUGCUGAUGGCCACGUGUGCUGGUUCAGUAUAAAGUCGGUGGAAGUUCUGAUUCUGGGCUUCAGAAGAUCAGGACUGUAGUUUCCUGCCGAGAAUCAGAUAAACUCCUGACUAAGGUUUUAGCUUCUCUGGAGAAGUGAACAGCUGAACAGCUGAACUUCCUCUGGACCAAUCCCUCAUCAUGUUCCCCACUGAGAGCUGGAACGUCUCAGAGAUGCUGCUGAACGGCUCGGCGGGAAACUCGUCCCUGGAGGACGUGGAGGACGGCGGGCAGCACCCAUUCCUGACGGACGCCUGGCUGGUUCCUCUUUUCUUCUCGCUCAUCAUGCUGGUGGGGCUCAUCGGCAACUCUCUGGUUAUCUAUGUAAUCUCCAAACACCGGCAGAUGAGAACCGCCACCAACUUCUACAUCGCUAACCUGGCGGCUACUGACAUCAUCUUCCUGGUGUGCUGUGUGCCGUUCACCGCCACCCUGUACCCGCUGCCCGGGUGGAUCUUCGGGGAUUUCAUGUGCAAAUUUGUCGCCUUUCUUCAGCAGGUAACGGUUCAGGCCACGUGCAUCACGCUGACAGCGAUGAGCGGCGAUCGUUGCUACGUGACCGUCUACCCUCUAAAAUCUUUACGUCACCGGACUCCUCGAGUGGCCAUGAUUGUAAGCAUCUGCAUCUGGAUCGGUUCGUUUAUUCUGUCGACUCCAAUCUUCCUGUAUCAGCGUCUGGAGGAUGGGUACUGGUACGGGCCGAGGCAGUACUGCAUGGAGCGCUUUCCCUCUAAAGCCCACGAGCGAGCAUUCAUCCUUUAUCAGUUCAUCGCUGUCUACCUGCUGCCCGUCCUCACCAUCUCCUUCUGUUACUCCUUCAUGCUGAAGAGGGUGGGUCACCCCACGGUGGAGCCGGUCGACAGUAACCACCAGGUUCACCUGCUCUCCGAGCGAACCAUUUCCAUCAGGAGCAAAAUUUCCAAGAUGGUGGUGGUGAUUGUUCUGCUCUUCACCGUCUGCUGGGGUCCGAUUCAGAUAUUCGCCCUGUUCCAGUCCUUCUACCCCACCUUCAAGGUCAAUUAUGCCACAUACAAGAUCAAGACGUGGGCCAACUGCAUGUCUUACGCCAACUCCUCCAUUAACCCCAUCGUCUACGGCUUCAUGGGUGCCAGCUUCCGCAAGUCCUUCAGAAAGACCUUCCCCUUCCUGUUUAGACACGUGGUGAGGGACAGCAGUGUCAAUUCGCGCACCGCUAAUGCCGAAAUCAAGUUUGUUGCAACAGAAGAGAGCAACACAGAAAGGAAGUGAACAGUGGAGGUAGAUCCUGAGGAAAUGCUAGCUAGCUGCUAGCUGCUUCAUUGUCUAGGCACUGGUGCUUACAGUAUUAAAUGUGGAUGAACUGGAGAAUUAAAGGUUAACGAAGAAAGAAAGAAAGGAACGUUGUGGAGGAGGUGAGUUAGGUGUGAAAGCACAGGAUGUGACAUUACGGUCCAUUACUUUAAGUUCUGCUGAACAUUAACUGAAGAACUGAAUGUCAGAAAGUGCACAAUCCUGCAAAACACAGAAUCGCCUGCUCUACAGGUGACUAGCACUAGCGUGAAACGUUAGCUUUCGAAAGCAAGAUCUAUGAUGGGAAUCUAUUGUACCUAAAAGGGGUUUUAAGGCAAACAGAGAAGACUGAUGGAACAUCAGCUGAAUGGAAGUCCUGCCAGCCGUGAUGUGCUGGAACCGGCCGCGGAGGAUGUUGGCUAAAUGACCCGCGGCGGCUCAUGACUCACUUAUUGUCUUUAAGACAUACUGCGACUCCUCCCCGUGUACAGACACUCACUUUUCCAGCGGCUUAUCUCUCCAUGUAUAAUCGACAUUCCCGGCACAUCCUGGUGUCUGACUCACAUUUUCACCCCACACUGUAGUUCUGCACACACGACCCAGCAAACAGCAUUUAUGUGCUCCACAGACGACAAGCCCAACACACAGCGCAGCCAACAGACCAUUAAAAUUUAUAAGAUGAAAAAAAGAUCAUAAUGCAUAAAUCUUCUCAUAUGACGAGCCCUAUAAAAUAUUAAUAACUGCACAUUGUUCUUGAAAAAAAUCAUGUGAUUUUUAGACUUUAUUAGAUGUCUUGCCUUGCAUUGACUGUAAGCUGCACCCAGAAGGCAUUCGUCGACAGGAAUGAAACUCUGUGGGUUGUUUGGACAUUGUAAGACAUGCGCAUGACUCAAGUUUUACGCUUGACAGAUCAUGUGACUUAAGAAAAAUGCAGCUUAUUUCUGUACCUGAGUGUCUACAUAAGGUUGUCCGGUUGUGAGGGUUUUCCAUUCUGACUGGUGCUGUUGUUUUGUAAAGUAUAUAGUUCCAUCAGUUCCAGCAGCUGGAAGAGUUCUAGAGGUGUCCCAUCGUGGGGUUGGCAAAGCGUGAUUUGUGAUGUUUUCGGUUGAGCGGAAAUUACCAUACCACACAGAACUGCACUUGUGAAGUGUGUCCAUUAGGAGAAUUCCACACUCUGACUGUAAGGGAGCCCAGGAGCAGGAGAUCAUUAUUGUAUUAUGCUGCUUUAACUGUUAUGCCUAUUACGCUCACGCAGCACUGCACACACCACCAACGGUUUACUGAAACUGAUCCGCAGUGGUUUCUUUCCACUGACAAUCCAAACACUGUGAAUAGUGUGAAGAAGAUAUAUUGGUAUAUAUUCUAUAUUUAUCAAUAUUUAGUACAAUACCAAAAAUACUGGGAAACAGUUUUAAGGCCUUUUCACACCUUUCUCAUUUGGUCCAUACCAGAAUAUCAGGUGUGAUCAGGUUCCACAAACCACGGUGCAACCCAAUGCACCGAAAUUUACUCCAAUAGAGCUAUUCUCAGUCUGAAUCAGCUGAUCCACUUCCAGUUGGUUUACAGUGUGAAACUCCUUAUUCGGCGGUUCAGAUUUUAUUCAGAUCAAUUGAAGGAAGUUAUCAUCACCCAUCAAACAAUAGAGGAAGUAAAAGAAGAGGUGUUGUGCUGAAAUCUGUCUCACAGAUGAGUACAACAGAUUACAAUGCUGGUUAUUCUGUAUCUACUGUAACUGUAGAUUAAUUACAGAGCAGUACGGGUACAGCAGAUUACAGUGCUGGUGAUUCUGUAUCUACUGUAACUGUAGAUUAAUUACAGAGCAGUAUGGGUACAACAGAUUACAGUGCUGGUGAUUCUGUAUCUACUGUAACUGUAGAUUAAUUACAGAGCAGUAUGGGUACAACAGAUUACAGUGCUGGUUAUUCUGUAUCUACUGUAACUGUAGAUUAAUUACAGAGCAGUACGGGUACAGCAGAUUACAGUGCUGGUGAUUCUGUAUCUACUGUAACUGUAGAUUAAUUACAGAGCAGUAUGGGUACAACAGAUUACAGUGCUGGUGAUUCUGUAUCUACUGUAACUGUAGAUUAAUUACAGAGCAGUCAGUCACUAAACUGCAACAAACACAUAGACCUUUAUAUUCUGUUCUGGACUCUGUGGUGUGAAAAUGCCUUUAGAUUGUCUCCAGUUUUGUUAUUUUUGUAAUUAUUCUUUAAAAAAAAGGUUUUAAAAGUAAUUCUAUGUGACAGUCUGUGUGAUUACACUGAUGUUGUUCUUCACUGUGAUUUCAGUCUGAUUUUCAAAAUGAUAAACUCCAGUGCCAAACUAAAGAAUAUGAACUGACUUUUAUCUGAAAUGUUUUUUAUUUAUGUAUUUUGUGUUGUUUAUGUUUAAGUGUAUGUGACUCUGUUUUGGAUUGUUUUGGACGAUGUUGUCUCUGUAAACUUUGGAUCUAUAUAUAUAUAUAUAUUAUACAAGAGCUGGGCAAAAUGAAGAUAUUUUAUUGCAUUGACAAAUGUACUAUUCGUAUUGACAACAUGCUUAAUUUUACCACAGUUAGUUCUGACCCUGCAAUGUUAUUGGCUGAGAGACUUUAUGUGAGUGCCUUUAUUACAAGUGUAACCUAGCAACAAUGUCAAAGCUUACGAACAAAACACAGCAUCCAUAAACAAAGUAGCUAGGAGUUGUUUUGUUCAUGUAAACCUACAGAGGAUUUAAAAAAAAAUUCAAUAAAAAACCCAAAUGCUCAAAAAUGAUAAACCUAAGGAAACAAACCUCCUCACUACAUUCAGAUUUUACACUUUUCCCAAAUGUUUAAACGCAUUUCUAGAAACUCGGCUCAGUUUCUCAAAACUCUAAACACAAACUGAAAAUGAUAAACUGCUUUGUUAAAAUUCUACAAAUCUCUAGCAAAACUGAUUCCUUCCACCAAAACAACACACAGCUAUUUAUAUACUCUAUAUCUCUCACAGAGCAUCAAAUAAACACUGACAAGUUCAGAGCACUAUUAUUAUCAGAAGCGUUUGGUUAUGCUUUUGACUUCAUGAGGCCACUGUACAAAUUCAAAUACAUACAAGUCCAUGGAAAUAUAUUGCCUUUUGUGCUUUAUAUUUAUUUUUGUGGUGUAGGACCCCCCCCC